AUGUCGUAUCGUGAAGGUGGUAGACAUCAUACAGAUCCAACAUCGACUCGAUUUAACAAUAAAUCAAGAUAUCAUCAACGUGGUCGUCCAAACAAUCGUCCUGUGCCAAAUCGUCGUCCGACAGCUGGUGAUGAUCUUGACAACAUCACUGUGUCUAUAGGUCGUCAUUUGACAACUGAUGGAGUUAAUACACAUGGACCUGUGGGCCGUGGUCGUAUUGUCAAUCAACGUAUUCGUCCUCAACAAAUUCAUCCUGGUGGCGGUGGUGGUGGUCGUUUCAAUGAUCGAAGAAAUAAUCCAAACCCCUGGUGGAGAAUAUCCAUACCUCAAGCUGGUACGAUGGGUAAAGCAGUUGUUAUGGCAGCACUAAAAGCUCACUUUACACGCCAACUAUUACCCUAUCAUUAUUUCAUUGAUCGAGACACGAACAUGGGUGUUUUCUUUGUCAAUAAUCAACAAGAUGCUGAUAUGUUAAAACGAGCCAAUAAGAAAGUCGAAGUGCAAAAUUUCGGACCACUUAGCAUAAUGGUUAGCUCAGCAUCAUUUCCGGCGCCAGUAUUAGAUGAAGAUCUUCGAGGAUAUUUCAAAGAUUACUUGUGUAAUCGUCGUUUUGAUCGACAAACACUUCAAUUACAACUAUCAAACUUAGCCGAUGAUGAAGAACUUAGUGCUCUUGGCAUAUAUCCUCAACUGAAUAAACAAUCAUUUUUACGCGAUGUCAUCGAUAUCAUUAAUAAAGAACUCCGCAUGACUCGUCAAUUGGAUUUAGGCUCGAACAAUAUUUCGAAUUUGUAUGAAUUUCGAAAUCUCCAAUUGAGUGAUUUGGUACAACUUAGUCUGGCAUCGAAUCAACUGAGGAGCGUUGACGAACUGGGUCAUUUGAAACAGCUCACUCAUUUAAGCCAUAUAUUUCUAAAAGAAAAUCCAUUGAUGUUUUCAUAUAACGCACGAAAUGGCUCUCCGGACGAUCUUAUCAGUGCUAUUCGGCAAAAAUUACCGCAACUCAAACGAAUUGAUGGUGUUGAUCUUCCUGCCCAAAUUGGCUUUGCAAUUGAUAUCGAAACAGUUAAUCUACCAAAAUCUGUUCCACACUGUGUGCCACAAGACAUGGAAUCAUUUCUAGCGAAAUUUAUUGACGAAUACUAUCGACUAUUUGACACACGUGGUCGGGGCGAGUUAUAUGCAUGUUAUCAUGAUUCAUGCAUGUUUUCAUUGUGUGUGGCACCAACGGAAGGAUCAAUCGUACCGACAAAAUCGUUCAAAUAUGGUGCGUUGAUAUACGAUUCAAGAAAUUUCAAGAAACUUUUUGAUGAUAACAAACGUGCCAUUCUGUUACGACACGGAAAAACAGAUGUGUUAGAUUUCUUACGGGUGAAAUUUCCAUUGACUAAACACGAUGGAAAAUCAUUUCAUGUGGAUGUUUUAUCAACAGCUAAUAACCGAGCCAUUUUUACGGUUAAUGGUCUCUAUCGAGAACUUGAUCAAGGAACGAACGAACCUGUUCGUAGCUUUCAACGUACAUUUACUUGCACACAAACUCCCUCUGGCGUAUUAAUUAUCGCCGAUCAUAUUAUGAUACUCAAUGCCACCGAUGCACAGAUCACCAACAUGAAUCGUGCUGCUGCUGCUGCUGCUGCUCCACCACCAUCAAGUGCAACUGUCCAGCCCUCGGCAAGUCAAACUGGUACCGCACCGGCUACUACUGAAGCGCAAAAUAAAUUGAUACAAGAAUUCUCUCGACAAUCUGGCAUGAACGUUGCGUACUCACAAAUUUGUUUAGCAGAAAACAAUUGGAAUUAUGAAAAGGCUGCACAAAAAUUUCAAGAAUGUCAAAAAUUGAAUGCCAUACCAGCGGAGGCUUUUGUCAAACCAUAA